CUCUCUGCUCUCUCAGCUGUCAGCCAACUUUAUCGUUUUUCUUUUUUCUUCUUUCUACUCAGAUUUCGGGACUUUGCUCUGCAACUCCCUUCAGAUCUCGAGUUCUCAUCUUUUAAGUUACAAUUUCGUUGAAGAUCGAAGUAGAUUUUUUCGGUUUAAGCUUCGUGGAUCAGAUGCUCUUGUUCUUCUUUUCUUUUUCUGUUUGUUUUCUGGAGUAGAUUUAAGCUUCACGUGUGAUAACUGGGAACUGUUUCUGAGAUCGACCCUUUAAGAAAAUUGGUUUUACAUUCGAGGAGCUGUAAAGAAGUUAUACAGUGGUUGAGUUCAUAUAGGAAAAAUUAGUAAUCGGCUGGUUUGGAGAAGAAAACUGCUUCAAAGAAUGCUGGUUAAGCGAUUUAUAGUGAAGUAAGGUGCGAGGAAUUAAUGGAGGAGAACAACCACAGAGAAGAUUUACAUAGAAAUGUACUUAGGCAGUCAUCCUUACGUCCAAGUGGAAGCUUGAAAUCCACAUUGUCAGGGAGAUCUACUCCAAGGGGUUCUCCUUCAUUCCGAAGAUUGCAUUCUAGUCGGACUUCACGGAGAGAAGCUCGAAUCAGUGGAGGGCGUUUUCUGUGGAUCAAGAGCAACCGCUUGGUCUUCUGGCUGAUUCUGAUUACCCUCUGGGCCUAUCUAGGGUUUUAUGUUCAGUCCAAAUGGGCUCAUGGUCAUGGUGAUAAUAAGGACGAGCUCAUUGGUUAUAGAAGUAAACCUGGUUUUGGAAUUUCGGAGCCAGAAGUGAAUCAGCGAUCAACAAGUCAGGAUUCUUUUAUGGUUAAUACUGGUUCAAGUGAGAAUCAGGCGGAAGGUAAAAAGCUGUCCAUAUUGAAGAGAACAAGUGUGACCUUGGCGAAAAAGGGGAAGCGAAUUUCAUCUUCUCGGGGAGCGUCCUCGAAAAGGAAGAGUAAGAGAACAGGUACAGCACGCAGCUUGCAUGGUAAUACACGUGAGAAACAGAAGGCUGUGGUAGAAGAUCAAAGUAGUGGAUUGGAAGAGCAAGAAGAGGAGAUUCCUAAAAGGAACACCUCAUAUGGAUUGCUUGUUGGUCCUUUUGGUUCAACAGAGGAGAGAAUUCUGGGAUGGAGCCCCGAGAAGCGAUCAGGUACGUGUGAUAGGAAGGGAGAAUUCGCGCGUCUUGUUUGGUCUAGAAAUUUUGUGCUGAUAUUCCACGAGCUUUCAAUGACGGGAGCCCCCGUUUCAAUGAUGGAGUUGGCAACUGAACUCUUGAGCUGCGGAGCCACAGUUUCUGCGGUGGUUCUUAGCAGGAAAGGUGGGUUAAUGGCAGAGCUUGCUAGAAGAAGAAUCAAAGUGCUUGAAGACAAGAUGGAGCUCAGCUACAAAACGGCCAUGAAAGCGGAUCUUGUCAUUGCAGGAUCUGCCGUUUGUGCAUCAUGGAUUGAACAAUAUCUUGCACAUUUUGCAGCUGGAUCAAGUCAAAUUGUUUGGUGGAUCAUGGAGAACAGACGGGAGUAUUUUGAUCGAUCAAAGCUGAUGCUUAACAGAGUAAAAAUGCUUGUUUUUCUUUCAGAAUUACAAUCUAAACAAUGGCUAGCCUGGUGUGAAGAAGAAGGCAUUAAGCUUAAUUCUCAGCCUGCUCUGGUUCCACUUUCUGUUAAUGAUGAACUGGCGUUUGUAGCAGGUUUUCCUUGUUCCCUAAAUACUCCAUCAUUUAGUGUUGAGACAAUGCUUGAGAGAAGACGUUUGUUGCGAGAUGCAGUUAGAAAAGAAAUGGGACUAACAGAGUAUGAUAUGCUUGUGAUGUCUCUUAGUAGUAUAAAUCCUGGAAAGGGUCACAUCUUGCUUCUUGAGUCAGCACACUUGAUGGUUGAAGGAAACUUUUCUCUCGAAGAUUCUGGAAUUAAAAAUAUGAUUCAAGUAGGCCAUGAUAAUUCCACCUUAACUGGGAAGAAGCAUUUCAGAACUUUAUUUCAGAAUCCGAACCACAUUAAUGGAUUUUCAAAUGGAUUAUUAUACCCCUCUGAUGAAUCUAAUUCUUCAAAUGAAAAUAAGAAGAAACAUUCAAGGACUCUCAAUGUCCCUGACUCCAGUAAUGACACAAAUGCAUGGAUCCUUGGCAGUGAUCACAAAAUAAGGAAAGUAUUGUCUGACAAAGAAGAAGCACAGGAACAGACUCUUAAAGUUUUAAUUGGUUCUGUUGGAUCCAAGAGCAAUAAAGUGCCUUAUGUUAAAAGAAUGCUCAAAUUUUUGUCUCAACAUCCUCACCUUUUAAAGUCUGUGUUAUGGACUCCAGCAACUACACAUGUUGCCUCACUCUAUGCAGCAGCAGAUGUUUAUGUUAUAAAUUCCCAGGGACUUGGAGAAACAUUUGGGAGAGUGACAAUUGAAGCUAUGGCUUUUGGACUUCCGGUGCUUGGAACAGAUGCUGGAGGCACACGGGAAAUUGUUAAUCACAAUGUAACAGGUCGUCUUCAUCCUCUUGGGCGUUCAGGAACUCAAGCUCUUGCCCAAAAUCUCCAUUAUAUGCUUAAGAAUCCAUCGGAGAGAGUACAGAUGGGAAUCAGAGGAAGGAAAAAAGUAGAGAAGAUGUACUUAAAGCGUCACAUGUACAAGAGAUUUGCAGAGGUCCUCUUCAAGUGCAUGAGAAUCAAGUAAGAGCUACAGUGGGUUUCCUUCAUCAUUCUUGGGAAAUCUGAUGCAACUUCGCAUAAACGCCAGGACUCUUGAGGUUGUUGCCAGUUACAAAUUUGAAUACUCCGAGUCUCAACUGUUCUCAUUGAUUACUGGUCAUUGCAUUCCCGGGAAAUGAAAGGUUGUUCGAUUGGUGAGAACUGAGAAGAUACUUGCCUAAUCCGAUCCAGAUUGAGAUAGAAAUAAAUUUUUUAUUGCUGUAAAGGUAUUGAUUUUGAUUGGGAUUUUCAAAAAGAUUACCUCGUUCUCAAACUUAAGAAGUUUGUCUACUCAGCGUGCCACUUUGUGAGGUUCUAGCUAUAAUAAUACGAGUUGAAAAGAACCUUUGACUCGCUUCCCGUUACAGGGCAAAUUCCUUGGUAGAAAUUAGAACAGCAUAAUGUAACUUUAUGGAUUGUAGUUACGUGAUUAGUAAUUUAAUAUCGCUUUCUCCUCUC